CCAAGCAUUUCGUGUCUGUCUUUCAUCUCAGUACUUCAUUUUUAGAACCGUAUAGGUUUUCCCUUCUUUUUAGUUAGUUCAAAAAUAUUCGAACUAAAUUUUCUAGUCUAAAUCGCAAAUAUGUGGAAGUAUCGUCAGGCCAUCGAUGUGGAUACUUCCAUAAAGAUAUCACCGCUAUGUCAUCAAUAUCCUUCAGCCUGUUGGUUCUUACUCAAGGGUGUUAAUAUGUGGAAUUUCGUGGCGGGAGAUUUACAUCCGAUUUAUCAGGUAGUUCUAUCAUUUUUCCUAAUGGGAAUCGGUGUAAUGGGCGUUAUUUCCUUGAGACGUAAAUGGAAAGAACGUGAUAUGGUCAUAAUAACCAUGCAAGAGAGCCUUGUUGAGGAUGUCUUGCCAAUACCCGAACCUCUACCCAUCGAGCUGGAAGAACUGCCUUUAGUGACCAAAGUCUCCCUUCUACCCGAAUCUAAUACCACUAUUGAUCAAGAUGAUUUCCGACUUGAACCCGAGAUCCCUCAACCAAUUCCACAGACUAUGACAAACCCGAAUCAAAAGGAGGCUAAACCUCAGCAGAUGAGAAAAACAAAGAUUCCGGUUAUAAAUUCGAAAACAUCCAGGGUUCCUGCUGGCAUUAUCAAAAAGGAUCAACCUCAAACUUCUCAAAAGGUGGUUCCCCCAAAGCGUACACCUGCUCCUCCUAGGACCAGUGCCAAACCCGGUACCAGGCUAAUGGGAUCUAUAAAUCGUAAUACAAGUCAAAAUCAAGGUGGUCUAAGACCUGCCCGUCAAUCUGAUAUUCGUAGUCGUUCUUCGACUAAUCCAAACCCACCACUUUGGAAGUUGUAGAUAAUAUAGGCAUUUACUUGAUUAGGGCAAAAAAUCGAAAUUUUUAUUUGAAUAUUGAGACAUAUUUGUACAGAGCAGGAUUUGUAAAUGUUUUCACAGAUAAUGUUAUGUGACCCUCUGUAGUAAAUAAAUGGGAACUUAAAACGCA